CAACAUGGCACUUUAGCCUCGCCGAUCUGCAUGUUUGACGUUGUCGUUAGUCCUGUGCAAUGUAUCAAAACGGUCCAGUGUGAGGACAUGGGUUUACUCACCAGGCCGGCUAAACGGAAUUCAUUUGGAAGGUGUAGAGGGUAUAUAAGUAUGUUCAAAUAGCAAGUGACCGCUGAGUUUUCGAUCUAGUAUUCUUCGCCCAUUAUCCAAUUCAAAUGUUCAGCUUUCAGGGCCUUCCAGGGCUUCAAAGUCCCUCGAGCAUCGGUUGGGUUUUGCUGGGAGGAACCUUGGGAACGCUUCUGCUCUACACAGUGGCUCUUGUCCUGUACAAUGUCUACUUCCACCCAUUGGCCAGAUAUCCCGGGCCGACUUCAAUGGCAGCCACGCGCAUACCCUAUAUGCGACUGACCAUAGAGGGCCGGUUUCCGCAGACCAUAAAAAAGCUGCAUCAGCAAUAUGGCAACGUUGUUCGUAUUGCUCCCAAUGAGCUUUCGUUCACGGACGGGGAGGCCUGGAAGGCCAUCUAUGGGACUCGGCCGGGGCAUGGCCAGAAGGAAAAAGAUUACCGAUUCUACUCACCUACCGCUGGAGGAGCCCCGAGUAUCAUUGUCUCUAACGAUACUGACCACUCUCGCUUCCGCCGCUUGAUGGCGCAUGGAUUCUCCGAUAGCUCACUGCGCGGCCAAGAGCCCAUCAUCAAAGCAUAUGUUGAUCUCCUGAUGCAGCGGUUGCGCGAGAAGUCGGAAGAAGGUGUGGCCGUUGACUUAGUUAACUGGUAUAAUUUCACCACCUUUGACAUUAUUGGCGAUCUGGCCUUUGGAGAGCCCUUCGACUGCCUCAAGAACUCCAACUACCACCGAUGGGUGUCGAUUAUCAUGGGCCAUGUCAAAACAUCCGCAUAUGCAAAUGUGGCUCGUCGCCUCCCUGGGUCCCUGGCUCUUAUGAAACUGAUCACGCCAAAGCACAUCAUUGCCGAAAGAAAUACACAUGUCGCAAUGACGACGGAGAAAGUUCAUGCCCGGCUAAGCAAGACCAAUGACAGACCGGAUUUCUUUGGCAACAUCUUGAAACACGAGAAUACUGAGAAAGGAUUCAGCUUUCGGGAGCUAGUAAGCAACGGAAGCACCAUUAUCAUUGCAGGCUCUGAAACAACCGCGACAUUACUCUCUGGGGUGACCUACUUGCUACUGAAAACCCCGCGUGUGCUUGCAAAACUCCAAGAUGAAAUCAGAUCAACAUUUACAGACGAGAGUGAGAUCAAUCUGGAAUCCUGCAAUAAACUCGAAUACUGUCUUGCUGUCCUCACGGAGGCGCUGCGGGUGUAUCCUCCCGUCGGACCCGGCCUCCCUCGGAUUGUUGACGAACAGGGUGACAUGAUAGCUGGAAACUGGGUACCAGGAGGCACCAUUGUCUCCAUCUCUCAUCUGGCUGCAAGCCACUCUCCCGCCAAUUUCACCGAUCCCGAACAGUUCAUUCCGGAACGUCAUCUUGGAGAUCCUCGCUUUGCGAAUGAUAACAAAACGGCAAUGCAGCCCUUCAGUUUUGGUCCCAGAAACUGCAUUGGACGCAACCUAGCAAGUGUCGAGAUGCGGCUUAUCCUUGCCCGGAUGGUCUUCGAUUUCGAUAUGGAGCUCGAACAGCCGGAUUCUGACUGGCUGAACCAGGAAUGCUUUCUCUUAUGGCAAAAACCGCCUUUGCCGGUCAGGCUGAUUCCCAGAAGCAUGAAGGUGUAGCGUGUCGGAGACACUUGAUCAAGGUUAAGCCCAUGGCCAGAUGACUUGGAUUUGACUAUCGAUGGCACCGACAAUCUCGCUUGAUCGCUCAUAGAGACAGAUGACCAGAAAGAUUGGAGAAGCUCUGGUUCUACCCCAGUUCUAGUAUUUUAUUAUUGUUCUGAGGACUCAAUCUCAGCUUCACCACCAACUUCCUGUUUUGCAUCGGCUAAUACUUAUGGCACAACUCUGAAAGCGU